AAAAAAAAAAAAACAAUAUUCCCUUCUUUAGAUUCCCUCUUAACUAAGUAAACUCAUAAAAAGAAAGAAACAUAAACAUGAGAACGAUGGUUGAUCUAGGAAAGGUAAGAGAUCAUCUUCACCACCGCAUGCAAAUUAUAAACACUCCGACCACCGUCGAUUGCGCUCGUGAAAUUCGUCUCCGACGAACUCUACGUUCAUUCAUCGAAUGCAUGCUCCCAUACUGUUGCACUUACCAACAACAACCUGCUCAUUCGUACCAAAACGACACCGUUUCGGUUUCUUCCUCAUCUUCCUCCUCAGACCACUCCUCUUCCUCCAGCAUCGUAAGUGGAACUUUCUUCGGGCACCGUCGUGGCAGAGUCAGUUUCUGCCUUCAAGAUGCCACCGUGGGAUCUCCGCCGCUUCUCCUCCUUGAGCUAGCGGUACCCACGGCCGCUUUAGCCAAGGAGAUGGAACAAGAAGGUGUUCUACGCAUUGCCCUCGAGUGUGACCGUCGUCGAAGCAGCAGCAGCAUCAACAGUCGUUCUUCCUCGAUCUUCGAUGUUCCUGUGUGGUCCAUGUACUGCAACGGAAGGAAGAUGGGGUUUGCUGUGAGGAGAAAGGUGACAGAGAACGAUGCCGUUUUGUUGAGGAUGAUGCAGUCUGUUUCAGUGGGAGCUGGAGUUGUGCCGUUGGAUGAGGAGGAGCAGACCCUUUACUUGAGAGCGAGAUUCGAGCGAGUCACUGGGUCGAGCGACUCGGAAUCGUUUCAUAUGAUGAAUCCUCGUGGUAGUUAUGGACAGGAGCUUAGUAUAUUUCUUUUGAGAUCGUGAGAUAUUGAGUAGUGUGGUUUAAGAUUCUUGUCAGCUUUCGUGUUUCCUUUUUUAGUUCAUGUACAUCGUAUAGUAAAUUACCAAAAGGCUAAUAUGUAUAUGCAAUUUAUCAUAUGUUUUCGUCUUUAAAUUAU